AUACAAAAUCGUAGUGAUCGGUACUACACCGGUCAUGAAUAAUGUUCUUGUUGUUUGAAUAUGUGUCUUAAUCUAUGUUCACUUGACACUUUAAUCCAUUUGCUCGUAAACACCAUUAUUUGUGAUCGUACCUUAGCAUAAGAUCAACUCUCGAUCGCAACAUAGCGAACACCGCGGAGAGAGUUCACAUAAUAGUUUAGGUUAGCCAUUUUUAGUUAGACAGAAUAGAAAGUAAAGUUGAAUUGAACGCACGGGUUUUAAUUCGUUCCCAAUAAAUUGGCAAUAAAGUCCAACUAAGCGACUUUCCUAUUACAAAUUCAUCCGAAAUCAGGCGAGUUAAGUGUUGGCUAAGAAAGCGCAAUCGAAUCGCGCAGUGGCACUCCGUACAACAAACACCGAAAGUGUAAACUAAAUCUCCCCCCGAGCGGGCGAUCAGCUGUUGUGCAGAAGAAUUGACGACUUACCUGGAGUUUCUGCUGCUGGUGGAUGCCGUCGCCUUAGAGACGGGAAGAAAACCCUCGAAUUCCGAACCCCCCCAUCGGCCGAGCCAGAACAUUUGGUCCUUCGAAGCCGGAUUCGAGGACAGGAAGCUCAUCUGGACCAGCAGAGGAAUCAGCAUUCGCCAUCUUCCGAACGCCAUCGCAGUUGUGGUUUGUAGAAAUCCUCACACUCAAGGUAGGCCAACUUGUGAUUUUCACACCGCGGACAAACUAUUACGGCCUAAUAAUACACUUGGCCAGCGAAAAUUGCACCGAUUUUUCUAUUUCAAUCUGUUUGAUACGGCACUUGCAAUUAGAUUCGGUGAUUUGUGGAAUCAAAACAAACGACAAGAUUACACUGGUCGACAAAAUUUUGCAGUUUUACACUGUCACGCAAAAGUUUUGCAACAAGGAAAAAUCAGAUAACUUUUUUAACGAAAUUGCAUUUUGUGGUUAAAAGUUGGUUCAAAGCGGAAGUGCAAGUGCAUUUAGGGUGGUGCACUCUACAGUGUCGUUCAAAAAUACAUCGACACUUGAAAAAUUAAAAGUUUUUGAACAAAUUGGAAUUCACUUCCAGUGGUCACUGAGACACUGAAACAUUGCUGAGACGCGUUGGGGCAAGUUGCUAGACAACAGUAUCGUACAAAAGUAUAGCGACACUUUAAAAAAUUGGAGUUUUGGAAAAAAAUUCAAAUCGCUUUCGGAGUUCAUUUUGUGGCGAUUUUAACAUUUCUGGGUGGCGUUAAUACAAGUUGCUGACUACAGUAACGCCCAAAAGGAUAGCAACUCAUACGAAAUAAAAAUAAAUUGAAAAUAUUUAUUUAUAAAAAAUCAUCCGAAAGUCAAUCAUUGGUGGCAUUUACGGUCGUUUGGUGCUUUUGAGUGUGAUUUGAGUGGUGUUGAGUGAUGGCUAGCAAGGCGGAGAAAAAACUAGCAGCGGACCUUCUGACGAGACGACGAGCGUGUGCCGAACGAGAUGUGGUGGAGAAGUUCGUAGCGGAUUUCACCUACGAACGAGAUUGUUGCCAGGUUGCGGUACGUUUAGAGGCGCUCAACAAGUGCAACGAGUUGUUCAUGAACGUGCAGAAUGACAUCGAAAUGGGCGAUAGCGAAGAACGGUUCGAGGCGCAUCUGGAGUUCCGGGCGGAUUUCGAGGAUCGGUUUUGCAGAGCGAAAGGUUUUUUGCUGUCUAAACUGGAAAGCAGGGAGCAUCUUCUGAGUUCGACGAUCAUGCACGCAUCGACUUCUCAUAGCAUGUCUUCCAGUUUCCAUCAUCGGCUGCCAAAAAUCGAUCUACCGAAGUUUAGCGGGGAUGAAUCGCGAUGGAUAUCAUUUCGCGACAAUUUCAUUUCGAUGAUCCACUGCAACGAAGACAUACCAAUCGUCAACAAGCUGCAGUAUCUGUUGCAGUCACUGGAAGGAGAGGCCAGAAAACCGUUCGAGUCUGUGGAUAUCCAAGCCGAUAACUAUGCGUCGACGUGGGACGCAUUGAAAAAGCGCUACGACAACAAGCGAUUCCUCAGAAAGGAGCUGUUCCGAGGCCUGUACAACCUUCCACCGAUACAGCAUGAGUCCGCACAAGACCUCAACACACUGGUUGAUGAUUUCCAGCGACACGUCAAGGCACUGGGGAAGUUAGGUGAACCGAUAGAUCAUUGGGAUACUCCGCUCAUCUUCAUCCUGACGAAUAAAUUGGAUUCGGCGACGAUUCGUGCGUGGGAGCAAGAUACUCGACAGAAGGAUGAGGUGAAAUACGACGAGCUCAUCGAGUUCCUCAUCCACCAGGUCCGGAUGUUAAAAUCCGUGGACAGCGAUCUCCAGCAUCGUUCCUCACUGCCCACCGUUUCCAAGGUGGCCGGUCAAAUCCCGAAGAGACCAGUUCCCAUCCGAUCUGUUGUGAACACAGCUACGUCCGAAACUCAAUCCAGUACUUCGUCAUGCCACUGUUGUUUUAGGACACAUCCGCUUUACCAAUGUCCAGCAUUUUCGAACCUGUCAAGCUCCCAACGGCGAGAGCUUGUGACACAGCACAGUCUUUGCUGGAAUUGCUUUCGCGCAAACCACCGGGCAACAUCCUGCAAAUCCAAGUUUCUGUGCAGGAUUUGUCAAGCAAAACACCACACCAUGUUGCACGACCACCACAUAUCACAUCUGGAGCAACUCUCUACUGAGGAACCACAUCCCGUACAAGCGAAUCCAGGCCCCAGUAAAUUGCUUAGCCCCCCAACAGUAAAUCUUUCCGUGCAUUCAGAUUCAACGGUUCUAUUGGAGACAGUUACGCUGUUAGUUGUCGACCGAUACGGUAGAAAGAUUCCUGCUAGAGCUCUGCUAGAUUCUGCAGCGAUGUCCAACUUCAUCACCAAGAAGCUGGCGAACGAACUCGCCACCCGCCAAAGCCCCGUGGACAUCGCAGUUGCCGGAAUUGGAGAGUCAGUGAAGCGCAUCAAGCACAAGUUAGCUGCCAAGAUCGUAUCCAAGAACAGCGACUUCUCCACCACACUCGAUUUCCUCGUCAUGAAGAAGCCUACUUCUUACCUUCCCACAUCCCCGAUCGAUUCAACUGCCUGGAGAAUGCCGAAGGUUCCAUUGGCGGAUCCUCAGUUCAACGUUCCAGCAACAAUCGACAUGAUCAUCGGUGGAGAAUGUUACCAUGAAUUCCACACAGGCAUACGCCACUCUCUUGGUGAUAAUUCUCCGUUUUUGGUGGACACCCUCUUCGGCUGGACAGUUUCUGGCAAAGUGGAUUCAAGCUCCACCACCGCACCGCAAGCGUGCUUCCUCUCCACCGUUGAUCAAACCCGAGAAACGAUCCCUGGGGAGUUCCGGCCAAUGGUAACCACCAACGGAAGCCCGAGAAUGGAAGCUGAACCCUCCACCACUCAAAUCCACAAAAAAGGAUGCAUCGCCCGCCAUUCCCGACCCAAUAAUCCUAAAACCACCCUUGGAGAUUCAAACACGAAGACCACACAACGAAACUCCACCAGAAAUGGACACCAUCAAACUACUGAAAGUACCGCCCAACCCAGAAAUAUGCACAACAGCGAUCCUGUUGAGGACGAACCACACUGCUAUCUGCCACAUCACCCGGUGCUCAAGGAAGCCAGCAAAACCACCAAUGAACGCGUGGUAUUCAACGCAUCAUAUGAGCCCAAUUCAGGGUACGCGCUCAACGAUACGCUGCUCGUCGGUCCCGUCGCUCAACACAGCCUGCUGUCCAGUACUCCUCUAAGCGCAUCCAAGGUCAUCGGUGAAGGAGAAGGCGCUGCCUGUGGAUCCUGCUGCUACGUUGUUCCUUUGGCCAAGCAGCCCACUGUUACCGUUAUGGAGUAUUGUGCACCUGUUCUGCCAACAGCACCGUUCCGGAUACCCCAACGCUCAAAGUCGCCACCUCAUCGUUGGAGAACUGUCGCUGCUAAACGUGCAACUGCUAUCCAGAUUGGUACAGACGGGCCCAGUUGGAGACUCAUUCCGGGAGUGCACAAUGCAGUCAGCGAAUUCUCCAGAAACCUACAGCCGUCCGACUUACCUGCAUGGUGUUACGAUCCGUCGUCGCAAAAAUACCGGCCCUGUUCUGUCCCCUUGCGGCCACUAGAUCGCCUUGCACAGCUUCAUCCAGGUCGAGAUGGAGUCGUUCCGGUUUUAGGACUAGAGACAGCCCUGCGAGAUGGUUGUCAAAACCACCGACGACCAGAAAAGGCUACAAAGACCGGUAGAGCACGCCGAACGUGCUCAACGCGCUAAUGGAGCGCUAACAGGUGAUUAGCGUUCCAAGUUGUCACAUUUUCUUGUUCGAUCUACCGGUUCUUUGUCGAUUGCAGAUCCUAUCCUACACUAUCACUACAUCGUCACUACGUAUUCAUCGCCAUUUACCAAGCCACAACGCAGAAUCUUCUAAGACCGGUAGAGCACGCCGAACGUUGCUCAACGCGCUAAUGGAGCGCUAACAGGUGAUUAGCGUUCCUAUUACUUUCUCCAUAUCGUUCGGUCUACCGGGUCUUUUUCGAUUCCAGAUCUCCCGUUGUCGUACAUCGUAGCAGAAUCUCAUCGUCCACCUCCUAUAACGACCAAAUCCAUCUACAGCGACAGCAGAGUCUCCAAAGAUCGGUAGAGCACGCCGAACGUUGCUCAACGCGCCAAAGGGGCGCUAAUAGGUGAUUAGCGUUCCUAUAAUUUUACCCUACGCCGUUCGUUCUACCGGGUCUCUUUUGUCGUCCACAGAUUCUGAACCAGUUCCGACGCUGAGACGAAGAAGGUUCCUCGAUAUGCGACAAACCAGCUGUGUCCUUGAAUCCAGUCGAAGAAGCAUGCAGAAAUUCCUCGGGAGCAGGGAGUGUUGAAACUGUAGUUUCAAGGUGGCCGGAAUGAUCGGUACUACACCGGUCAUGAAUAAUGUUCUUGUUGUUUGAAUAUGUGUCUUAAUCUAUGUUCACUUGACACUUUAAUCCAUUUGCUCGUAAACACCAUUAUUUGUGAUCGUACCUUAGCAUAAGAUCAACUCUCUCUCGCAACAUAGCGAACACCGCGGAGAGAGUUCACAUAAUAGUUUAGGUUAGCCAUUUUUAGUUAGACAGAAUAGAAAGUAAAGUUGAAUUGAACGCACGGGUUUUAAUUCGUUCCCAAUAAAUUGGCAAUAAAGUCCAACUAAGCGACUUUCCUAUUACAAAUUCAUCCGAAAUCAGGCGAGUUAAGUGUUGGCUAAGAAAGCGCAAUCGAAUCGCGCAGUGGCACUCCGUACAACAAACACCGAAAGUGUAAACUAAAUCUCCCCCCGAGCGGGCGAUCAGCUGUUGUGCAGAAGAAUUGACGACUUACCUGGAGUUUCUGCUGCUGGUGGAUGCCGUCGCCUUAGAGACGGGAAGAAAACCCUCGAAUUCCGAACCCCCCCAUCGGCCGAGCCAGAACACGUAGAAACACGAAAAAAUGACAGUUGAGCAAAACUGGCUAAAAUGGCAAAAAUGAAAAAAAAAAAAUAACGUC